AUGACAGACAGAGUGAGCUACAGCACACCCAAAGCCAACCCCCGGCCUGCAGCAGCUCCUGUCCUGCCCCCUGAGCCCAUCGACAUCAUCCGCAUUAAAGCCCGUUCCCGGAGGGUCAGACUUAAUGUCGGAGGCCUCACACACGAAGUCCUGUGGAGGACACUCGACCGACUGCCCCGGACCCGUCUGGGACGGCUAAGGGACUGCAACACCCAUGAAUCGCUGCUGGAGAUCUGCGAUGACUACAGCCUCACUGAGAAUGAGUACUUCUUCGACAGGCAUCCGGUCGCCUUCUCCUCCAUCCUCAACUUCUACAGAACAGGAAAGCUGCACAUGAUGGAGGAGAUGUGCGCACUGUCCUUCGGCCAGGAGCUGGACUACUGGGGCAUUGACGAAAUCUACCUGGAGUCCUGCUGCCAGGCGCGGUACCACCAGAAGAAGGAGCAGAUGAACGAGGAGCUGAGGAGGGAGGCUGAGACGCUGAGAGAGAAGGAGGGAGAGGAGGAGGACCAGGGCUGCUGUCCCGACAAGAGGCAGAAGCUCUGGGAUCUGCUGGAGAAGCCCAGCUCCUCUGUAGCUGCAAAGAUCCUGGCGAUGAUCUCGAUCAUCUUCAUCAUCAUUUCCACUAUCUCAUUGUCCCUCAACACCUUGCCAGAGCUGCAGGUUGUAGAUGAAUUCGGCCAGUUCAAUGACAAUCCCAGCCUGGCCCAUGUGGAAGCCGUCUGCAUUGCCUGGUUCACCAUGGAGUACAUGCUGCGCCUGCUCUCCGCCCCCAACAAGUGGAACUUCAUCAAAGCACCGCUGAACAUCAUCGAUCUGCUGGCUAUACUGCCUUAUUAUGUGACACUCUGCCUGACUGAAUCGAACAAAAAUGUGAUGCAGUUUCAGAACGUACGGCGUGUGGUCCAGAUCUUCCGUAUUAUGAGGAUCCUGAGGAUCCUGAAACUGGCCAGGCACUCGACAGGACUCCAAUCUUUGGGCUUCACUUUGCGAAGGAGCUACAAUGAGUUGGGUCUGCUGAUCCUCUUCUUAGCCAUGGGCAUUAUGAUCUUCUCUAGCUUGGUGUUCUUUGCUGAGAAGGAUGAAGACGCGACCAAAUUCACCAGUAUCCCAGCUUCCUUCUGGUGGGCUACUAUUACCAUGACAACUGUUGGUUAUGGAGACAUUUACCCACAAACCUUGCUGGGCAAGAUUGUAGGAGGGCUCUGCUGCAUAGCAGGUGUGUUGGUCAUUGCCCUUCCCAUCCCAAUCAUUGUCAAUAAUUUCUCAGAGUUCUACCGAGAGCAAAAGCGGCAAGAGAAGGCAAUCAAGAGGAGGGAAGCUCUCGAAAGAGCCAAACGGAGUGGAAGUAUUAUUUCUAUUAACCUAAAGGAUGCUUUUGCCCGUAGUAUGGAACUCACAGAUGUGUUGGUGGACAAAAGAGAGGACAGUAAAUGUCCUGUGGACAAUCACCUGUCACCCAGUCGCUGGAGCUACCACAAGCACUACUCUAAUGUGGAGGUGGACAGCCCAGACAGAUCCCAGAAUUAUCAAGGAGGGCUUCGGCUGGGCUCCCCUGAACAAGCCAAACCCUCGUCUAUCAAAACCACCCCUCAGCAUCUGAGUGCAAAGCGACUUGAAGAUGCUUACAACAAAACAGCAGCCAUCCAAGAGCAGCGAGAAAAAAUUGUGGAGGAACAGAUGGAGAUGAAUGCAUUGGCAUCCACCCAAGCCCAGCAAACUUCACCUAAAGUCAGCAGUGCCAGGAAACUGUCCAGUGUGGCUGAUGAUUUUGCAGUGGAAAGAGGAGAAAGAAGCUCCCUGCUCCCCAGUGUUGAAGUAGGUCAAACUGGGGCUAGGCAGCAGCGUAUACCCCCGCCCUUGGAUCUAAGUCAGAUUAGUUCUUUGGAAUUGAACAAGGGCUCUGACAGCAUCCAGCCAAUGACCAUCAUCAAAGAGGGUUUGUAUGAGUUCAUGUCUAGCCCCAGAGAAAGUGCAGCUGAAGAUACUGAGUUGGUGUCACAAAAUGUGGAAAGCUUCGGGACGAUCUGUGACAGCAUCUGCAGCUCCUUGCAAGACAACAGCAGUUCACAAAAGACAAGAGCCCUCAAGGUUGACUUCAUUGGAUCCCAGGAUGACAUUCUCAUGGCGGUGAUGACACCUGUGGCAACACCAGCCUCCGCUGGCUCAGCCAAGUUUGCUCAAAUACUUUCCGAUGACAUGGUUUCCAGGUUUUCUUCUUCAUCUAGUCCUGCAAUACAGGAAGCUAAGUCUCCGCUGGCAAUCCUGCAAUCUCCGUCCCUGGCCCAGCAAUCUGUCAAUCCCAGCAACUCCCAGGGGGGAGGUGAGGGCUCAGCAGCCAGGAGCUUAGAAGGUGAAGGGCAGCUCACAGGCUUAAGCCACCAGGGGAGGAAUCACAUGGAGAAGUCUGCUGUUGCCUCAGGCAGUGAUGCUAGCCCACUGUCAUCUAAAGGUAGUCAGCUCAACUGCACCCAGGAGCUCGUAACCAUGGAAGGAGCUGACGACAGGGGAGCAGGGGAGGGAGCAGAACAGAGUGGAGACAAACGAGAAAACCACAUUGUUCUGGAUGGAAGCCUGACGCCGCCCUGCGAAACAAGCAUGUAG